CUCCGACUGUUACUACUACGACUACUAGACAGUCGUCAACACGCCAACUGCUGACAGUUGCAUCAAUCGUGAUUGUAUUAAUCUGAUCUUAUUUCUGAUUGUUUGUUGUUCUCCUAUAUACAAUGUUAUGAACCGAUCAUAAUCAUUGUUAUACGCGGCGUCUGUCGUCAAUCCCUUAAUCCGUGAUCUUAAUCCGCUGCAACGAGACAAUCGACAGAUCGCGACUACUCAGACCGAACAUACAGCACGAUAUUACACAUAUAUAUCAAUUCGAUAUAUAUAUAUAUAUAUACAUAUUAAGAUGGAAGACAUCCGCUCCUCCUCACCAUCGCCCUCCAUCUCGCCCACCCCCGCCAUCUCCUCCUGCCCCUCGCCCGACCGCAGCUUCUCGACCGUGUCCUCCUGGUCCAACUUCUCCGCGACCUCAGCCACGUCCGCCGACAACAGGUCGUCGGUGCUGUCGACCGGCUCCAAGCGGCGAGGCUACAUCCGUCCGCAGGGCGCCGAGUUCGCCGAGUCCGCGAAAAACCGCGAGAGCGUGAUGUGUCUGGGCAGCAUCGCCCAUCUCCAAUACUACUUUGCUCGAACGGGGUUACUCGAUGGGAAAGGCGCGCAGAUGGCUCGUCCGAAGAAAGAGAAAGAUAAGGAGAACGUACCCAGGCUUAUGCUCACGCAAGACCCCCAGUUUGGGGAAUUGGUGGACAGCCCCGUCGACGAGAUUCCGCAAUAUGAUGAUGAUGGGUUCUUGGGUUUGGACGAGCCAAUGCUGCCGCCUACAGUCAGCACAUACAGUAUCAAGACACACCACAUUGCGCCGCCGCCAAAGUUACGGGUUCUGCGGAAAGAUCUCGUCGAGGCCCUGGACAAGGCGUCUCUGGCUGUGAAGAAAUCCGAGAGUGACACGCCAGAGCCCCCGUCUCCGCAGCCGGCCGCAGCACUUGCGCCUCCUGAUGGAGAGAAUUCGAAUUCACCGAAACCGGCGAGCUGGCAUGAGAUUCAGGGGAUGCAUAUUCUCGAUGUCGUCACGCUAGCAAUUCGGUCCGCGAGGAUGUACUAUAUCAACCACGAACAGCCCGAACGGCUGGCAGGGAUCAAGACAGAGCGAAAGUUCCGCGAAGAGCUGUUGGUAGUUCUGGAUGUGUUGAAGAAGUGGGCGUCCCGGACUUUCGCGGGGGGGCUGCGGAACAACGAACGGGCGGUCAUUCUCGAGUGGAUGGCCGGGGUGCUGGUCGUGCUGGACGAAGAGCGCCGACUGGAGGAGGCCGAGAUCAAGGAACGAGCCAGCUGGACGUGGGCGUCGGGCGACUGGACUGGCCGGGAGCGAGAGCGUGAGGAGGCCUUUCUGCGGACGAUGAUUACUGGCGAGGGCCUCGAACUGCCGCCCUGGACACCCCCCGACGGUGUGGUCCUGCCAACGCCUUUCCUGAGUCGUCUACGGGACGGCCGCGACCUGAUCCGCAUGCACAACCAGGCAGUCCGGAAAUCCCGACGUCACUUCGGCGAGAUCAAAACGCCGCACGAGGACAUUGCCAAACCGUACCGACGCGCAGAGAACCUGCGCUACUGGAAGAAAGCGGCCGAGCUGCGCUGGGAGACCAAGCUGGACCUCGAUGUGAUGGGCGUGGUGUAUGGGAGCAGCGAUGCGGCCUGGCUGCAGUUCGAUGCGGCGCUCCUGCAGUGGUGCAGAGGCGUGCGCGAGGAGAUGCUCGACGACUGGAGAAAUCGGCGCAAGGGGUCGGUUGCGUCGAUCACUGACCUGCCGACGAUUUUCGACAGCGCGGCCUUGAAUGAUGCCUAAUGUCGGUCGAGCUGUCAUGAUUGGUUCCACGUCACUUGAUACCCUAUCUCCUUUUCUUUUCCUCUGUCUCCCAGAUUUUGCUUUUCUUGCACAGCGGUGUCUGGCGUUAUUGCAUAGUAUAAUAUAACUAACUCAAUUCUCACUACUCGGUGACUGCGUGGGGUGCCUGGAAAUAAAUGAUAAUAUUAAAUGACAGACGGCUGGGGCCACGCAGUACUUCUAGAUGCAUGUAUAAACUAUAUAAAAUUAUAUUAGCUGACGAUGUGCCUGGCUGGCGAGCCUAAUCUCAUAUUGUACAUAGGAAUACCAUUCUG